AUGUCUACGUUGCCAUCGUCAUGGACGCAGUUUCAAUUGUUUGAUUAUACUCCAAUUCGUGAUCCUAAUUUCCAAACAAACGAUUCCUUAUACUCCGACGCCAGUCUUCUGGCCAUCCAUGCUACCAACUCAUAUUUAGUCAUUGCUACCAAUAAUGCAUUUCUAAAGAUUAUAGCCAGUAAAAAUCUCCAACUUCUCAAAACGUUCAUUGCGUACGAUUUGGAUUAUAGAAUUAGUUUCGUACGUAGUUUACCCAACUCGGAUUUAUUAAUCACCUUGGCCGAAAAACAAGGUUCACCAUCAAUUGUCAAGCUAUGGGACUUGAACAGAAUUAUCCAUCUCCAAGAAGAGGACCAAGACGUACUAAAAUUCAAAUUUCAAACUCAGGCUCUCGUAACUAAUGCAGACAACUCUUACCCUAUCAGUUCCUUUGAGUUCAGCAGCGAUCUUACUUGUAUCGCCAUAGGGUACACCAAUGGAAAAGUGAUAUUGAUAAGGGGAGACUUGCUAAGAGAUAGAGGAUCCAAACAGCGUUUGAUCUACGAGUCAACAGAUCCAGUCACAAACAUAGCAUUCAACAAAUAUGAGGACUUAUUGUAUAUAACGACUACUUCCAAGAUUCUAACAGUACUGACCUCGGGCAGAAACCAGAGAAAACCACAGAGAAUCUUGUCCAACAAAACAGGAAUCGAUUUGAAUUGCUCUGUAAUUGAUCCUAAGAGUCAAUACUUGAUUGUUGGAACAACUGAUUCUAUCCGCUACUACAGUCACUUGAACAAAAUCAGGACAAUCAAAUUCGAGAUUCCCAAAUCUAGAAUCUUUCGUUUUGGCAAGAAUUACCUUCUUAUUGUUUCUCCACACCAGCAGGAACUUUUAGCCCAGGAAUCGAUUUCGAAGAAAAAGAAGUCGUUUGCCAGAGUAUUGAUUCUAGAUAUCUUUAACAAGCAUAUUUCAUUUAAUUUCAUGAUCCCCGAUAAUACUAUCAACCAUGUGUUUGUGAUGCAGAAUGACGUUCACUUACUUUCUAAUGAUGGUGUUCUUUAUAAGUUGCACGAAAAACCAAUCAAUCAACAAAUUGAGUCCAUAAUACAGAGAGAAUUGUUUCCAGUGGCUUACAAUCUUGCUGUACAGGCAAGCAUGCCAAACGAUUUAUUAUUGAGAAUCCAAAAGUUGUAUGGUGAUUUCCUAUAUGAGAAACAAGAAAAUGAGGCAUCAAUUGAUAUCUAUAUUAAGUGCUUGGACUUGUUUGAAAAGCUGGUGGAUUCUCAGGGUGAAUCUGUAGACCAAGAGGACGACUUGGAUGACUUCGUUAUGACCGUUAUUACAAAGUUCAAGGACGCUGCUAAUAUUCCAAACUUAACAAAGUUUCUUUUCAAAUUGUACGAAUUGAAAGAAGCUAACAAUGAUCACAUCACAUUACUUUUGUGUUGCUACUGUAAAUUGAAAAUGACAGAAGAGUUAGAUAAAUUUAUCAACGACUUGGAUUUAGAUGAGGACAACAAUUUGCAAGAUUUGAACUUCCAGUUGAUCAUAAACUUGUUCAAAGAAUGUGGAUACUUCACUCAGGUAAUAAGGUUGUUGUUUCGCUUGAAUCAACCUAACUUGAUAGUAGGUAUUCAGCUUAACGAUCUCAAACAACCUAGAAACUCUUUGAACUAUAUAAAGUCAUUGCCAAUUGAUGAGCUUUUGCUUAUAUUGACUGAACAUUCAAAGACAUUCCUCGACGAUUGUCCUAUUGAAACAACAGAAUUGCUUAUUAAUGUAUUUACAGGAAAGUACAUUCCAAAUGGAGAUCAUACAGAACCAUUUAGUGCCGAGAUUCUGUCCAAAAAAGAGGAAAAAUCCGAAGAAACUGAAGCACCUUCUACUUUGAAUAACUAUAGAGCUUUUCUCAACUAUUUGUCAGGCAACUCAACUGAUGAUAUUAAAUCAAACAACUCAAAUGAAUUAAGUGUUGAAAUUCAGGAACCUACUUAUCUACCACCCAGACCUAGUUUAAUUUUUCCAAGCUUCAUCAAUCAUCCAAAUCAGUUUGUGAUCUUCUUGGAGGCAUGUAUUGAAUCUUUUGACAAAUAUCAAGGUAACAUGAAUGAUAAGAAGGACCUAUUGAUCACACUUUUGGAGAUGUAUCUUUCAUUGUCUAAAGAAUCAAAGACCAAUUCCGCCGAGGAAGAGUGGAAGAACAAAGCUAGAAUCUUACUACAGGAAAAUUCAUCCCUCUUGAACAAUUCGUCGCUUCUUCUUCUAUCCAACAUUUAUGAUUUCCAAGAAGGAGAAGCAUUAGCAAAAGAAAAAGCAGGACAUGAAGAAAGUCUCCUUCAUUCGUAUCAACUUUCAGGCGAUAUUUCUGGUUGUUUCGAUUUGCUACGAAAGUAUGGCGAAAAAAAGCCUGAGAUGUAUAAGCUCAUGUUGAAGUUUGUUGUUUCCAAGAAAGAGAUUUUUGAAAGAAUCAAUCCAUUGGAAUUUCGUUUCCUCUUCGAUACAAUAAGCUCAAGAAAGUUGAUGAAUCCGCUCGAAAUUUUACAAAUAUUGACUGAAAAUCCAGCUAACGACUUUAUCACACUCGGACUUAUCAAAGAUUAUUUGAUCGAUUAUUUCGACAACCAGAAUAAAGAAAUCAGUAACAAUACGAAGUUGAUAGGAUUUUAUGAAGGAGAAUCAACCAAGAGUUCUCACAAGUUGACGGAAUUGACUAACAAGCCAUUUGUCAUUCAGAACAACAAAUGUUCGGCCUGUGAUAACAAGCUUGAUUUCCCUGUAAUUCACUUCAGGUGUAAACACUCUUAUCAUCAGAAAUGUCUUACUGACUACGUUAUCGCAUCGGUACAGGAGGAUAUGUCUGGAGAAAGAAGAUGUCCUAAAUGUGUCAAUGAAAUAGAAGAGAUCAAGGCUAUUAGAGCUGGACAAUUCAAAUCCAAGGAAAACCUCGAAUUGUUUGAAGGAACUUUGAACGAAACUCAAGAUAAGUUUAGAUAUAUAAGCGAAUACUUGGGGAAGGGUGUUAUGGAGAACGAAUCUGUGGUUCUCUUUAAUGAAUAA